CGUAUUUUUAAAGUAAAAUAUAUUUAAAAUCGUAAUAAAUUAGUAAUAAUGUAUUUAAUUUUCACUCUCUAAUUGUCCUACUAAGUGUAUACUUUUAAUAAAACGAUAUACAAGAUUUAAGAGUUUUUGUAUUAUGGAAAUUCAAGUAAAUACGUGUACCAUUGUGCAUUGUGAAGAAAAUGAUUUGUAAAUAGAAUAGUGUGUACUGUAGAUAGCGAAACGUAUCCAAUAUGUGGUCUUUUUUCUCACGGGAUCCUACUAAGGACUUUCCUUACGAGGUAGGGGACCCGGUGCUAGGGUUGGAAGACAGGAGUGUAUGGACAUUGCACAAAGGCAAGAAAAGGGGUACGCAAGAUGAGGUGUCCAUAUUCUUGUUUGACGUGACCAAAAAUUCGGAGACCUUAUUCGAUAUAGCUAAAGCCUCGUUGAAGAAACUAAAGACUAUGAGACACCCAAGCCUUUUACAUUAUUUAGAUAGCUGUGAAACUGAGAAAUUUUUAUAUGUAGCCACUGAGUAUGUAGAGCCUUUAGCGAUACACAUAGAGAAUAUGACGUUGGAGGGACAGCAGAGGGAUUUGUUCCUUGCAUGGGGAAUUUUCCAAAUCACUAGGGCGCUAUCUUUCUUUAACAAUGAUGGUAAUGUAAAACAUAACAAUGUGUGCCUAUACUCCGUUUUUGUAACGCUAGCCGGGGAAUGGAGACUCGGUGGCUUUGAGUUCCUCACAGCACACGGGCAAGACAACAGUAAUCCCUUACCUAUCAAGAUAUUACCUGCGCUUGAAAUAUAUGAUCCGCCUGAAAAGAAAGAUCCUAGUAAAUUGAAGUCUGUUACAAAAUGUUCAUCAGACAUGUGGGGGCUGGGCUGCCUGAUCUGGGAGGCAUUCAAUGGUCCCCUGUCCACCCAGCCCGCUCUGAAAACGGUAGACAACAUUCCUAAACAGCUGUGCACGCUUUACUGUGAACUAGUAAGCGCUAACCCUGCGUCUAGACCAAACCCUGCUGAUAUUAUUACAAGAUGUCGAAAACUGGGCGGCUAUUUCAAGAACGAUCUCAUAGACACGAUGCUGUUCCUGGAAGAGAUCCAGAUAAAGGAUAAGAUGGAGAAAGCUAAGUUUUUCUCCACACUCAGCGGCUAUCUGGACAACUUCCCCGAGGCGGUGUGCGUUCACAAGAUCCUGCCUCAGUUGCUCACUGCAUUCCACUAUGGAGACGCCGGGUCGGCUGUCUUAGCACCUAUGUUUAAGUUAGGUAAACUGUUGGACGAGGAAGACUACCAGAGGCAGAUAGUGCCAUGCGUGGUGAAGCUGUUCGUGUCCAACGACCGCACCACCCGGUCGCGCCUGCUCCAGCAACUGGACCAGUUCAUCCACCACCUGCAGAACUCCACUGUGAACGACCAAAUAUUCCCGCAAGUGGUGCACGGUUUCAUGGACACAAACGCGAUCAUCAGAGAGCAGACAGUCAAGUCGAUUAUACACUUAGCACCCAAGCUCAAUUAUAACAAUAUAAACGUGGAGGUACUGAAACAUUUCGCCCGGCUGCAGUCCAAGGACGACCAAGGUGGUAUCAGAACAAACACCACGGUCUGUCUAGGCAAGAUAGCGGCCCACUUGCACCCGCAGAUACGACAAAAGGUGCUUGUAUCGGCGUUCGUCCGCGCGACCCGCGACGCGUUCCCACCGGCCAGGCAAGCCGGCGUGCUGGCUUUAGCCGCUACGCAACAAUACUUCCUCCUAGCCGAGGUGGCCAACAGGGUGCUGCCGGCACUGUGCCCAUUAACCGCGGACCCGGAGAAACAGGUUCGAGAUGCAGCCUUUAGAACGAUAAAAGGAUUUCUCGGAAAACUAGAAAAAGUGUCAGAGGAUCCCAGCCUUAAAGAAGGAAUGGAGGCGGACGUCCACACGGCGACGCCGUCUCUCAGCAACGCCGCCGCGACUUGGGCCGGUUGGGCGGUGACGGCGGUCACUGCCAAGUUCUACCGCUCGCAUUCCGACACCGCAAGGGUCCAGCACGCGUCCAAGUCUGUGCUGUCCAAGCCUGGCUCACUGGAACAACCGUCGUCGAGCAGUAUGUCCACGACGACGUCGUCAGUCACGUCGAUGACGUCACUGGAGCACAGCGAGUCCGCGUCGGACUACGACCCGGAGCAUUGGGACAUGACGGCGUGGGGGGAGAUCGAUUCCAGCGCUGGUACAACCGGCGCCAGUGCGAAGUCUCCCGGCAGCAGUGGCAGUGCUCACGCCACUUCCGGCCUAGCGGCACUAUGCGAAGACGACUGGGACAACGAGGAGUGGGGCACGUUGCAAGAACAGCCGUCAGCGGAAGCGGAGCUGGCGAGCCCGUCGGAAACGUGGAACAACUCGUCGUGGUCGGAGCACAACGUGAACAACGCCAACGCGACCAUGGUUCGAGGUUCCGCGCGUGUGGACCACCGGCCCGCACCGCACCAGAACAGCAACGACUCGCUGGGCGGUUGGGAAGACGGCGAGUUCGAGCCCAUAGAGGAGAACGUCGACGAAAACAACGCAUCCAAAAUGGACGAAAUGCGUCGCAAGCGUGAAGAGAGAAAGCUUCAGCGUCAGAGAGAGAUGGAAGCGAGACGCAGUGCACGAGGCCAAGGGCCCAUGAAGCUUGGCACCAAGAUCGCCGCGCCGCCACCUCCCUUCUAACUUCUAAGCUUAAAACCCUCUCGUGUUUGUACACCCCCCUUUAGGGUCUUUGGACCCUUGGGUCAGUGCCUUUAGAGCGGUUACGCACUGCAUCCGAUCCCAAUCCAUGAAAAACCCCACUAAUACUAAAAUCGUGAAAUUUCGUGAGCAUGUUCGAACGUUUGUUACUCUUAAACGCAAAAACUAAACUACUGACCGAAAGGAAUCAAGACCGAUUGCUAAAAAUACGCAUAAGUAUAUGCGUUUAAGUACGCGUACGCAUAAGUCUAUUUCGGAAAGUAUUUCCACGGAUUCGGAUCGAAUGCAGUGCGUAAUCGCUCUUAGUGUAAGUUUUCGAUUAAACAAACGUCAACGUCAGCGAAA